AUGUCCGAUCCCACAGCGUCCCUCGCCGCCCUAUCCCUCUCCGGACCAGGCGGCAAAGUCGUCGUCAACACCGCCGUCGUGGGCGAGUGGGAAGACGCGAAAGCCGCGUAUACUGGCCCGAAACUCAGUCGGCGGAUGUGGGAGAAUGAGAACCAUGCCAAGAUGGAGGGACUUGACUAUGUGUUCCGGACCACGUACGAUGACGAGGCGAAUCCUACCGGCAUGAUCAACUUGGGCAUGGCCGAGAACACGAUGCUCACAAAGGACUACCUCGAGUACUACGGCAAGGUGUUCUCAAAGGCCCUCCGACCCAACGACUUCACGUACGGCACCCAGGGGAGCGCGAGCAAGCGCUUCCACAAGGCCGUGGCUGACAUGUGGAACGAGAACUUUUCCCCGCUCACGCCGGUGCAGCCGGACGACAUUGCGACGGCUCCAGGAGCGACGGGCGCUCUGGACCAGCUGUUCAACGUGCUCGCGGACUCUGGUGAUGCUGUUCUGAUUGCCGCUCCUCACUACAAUGGCUUUGACGCAAACAUGGUUGUGCGCUCGGGCGCGCAGAUCGUGAACGUGUAUGGCCCUCCACCAGAGAUUGCCUUCACGACACCCGGCGCCGAGAUCGCGGCGUUCGAGAAGGCCAUGGAAGACUGCAAGGCCAAGGGUAUCAACGUCCGCGCGAUUCUCCUCUGCUCGCCACAGAACCCGUGGGGCCGCACGUACUCGAAGGAGGUGCUGCUCGACUACGCGCUCUUCGCCGAGAAGCAUGACAUCCAUCUCAUCGCGGAUGAGAUCUACGCCCUGAGCGUGUGGGACAACCCCAAGAUUCCCAACUCGCCGCCCUUCAUCUCGAUGUUGUCGCUCGAUGUCGAGAAGGAAACCGGCAACAAGUUUGACAAGUCGAGAUUGCACAUCGUCUACAGCUUCAGCAAGGACUUUGGGUGCAACGGGUUCCGCCUCGGUGUGAUCAUCAGCCAGCACAACCCGCUUGUCAUCCGCGGAUUGCUGCACAUCAGCUUUGUGGCCAAGCUCGGCUCUAUCGGCGACGCGCUCAUUUCCCACCUGAUCAAUGACAAGCCGGUCUUCAAGGCACUCGUGGCCAAGAACAUUCAAGCUCUGCGUGACUCGUCCGAGACGAUGGCGGCGUUCUGCGAGAAGCAGGGCUGGAAGCCGGUCCCUGUCAACUCUGGCCACUUCAUGAUGGUCGACGCGAGCAACCUCGGAUUCAAGGACAUGGAAGAGGAAAGGGACUUUGGGCGGCUCUGCGUCGAGUUUGGCGUUGGAGUGGGGCUCGGGCAGUCGUACCAUGCCCUCACGCCAGGGUGGUUGCGCCUCACGCACACGUACGAGCCGGAGAGGUUGAACCUCGCGCUGUCAAGGCUGGGCAAGGCGGUCGAGGCGUGGCGCUCGCGGGCGUAG